AUGCGCUCAGUGCUGUACCUCGCCUUCGCGGCCCUUGCGGCUGCUGCCUCCAUGGAGAACCCCUUCUUGGUGCCUCCAGGCGGCUACCACUUCAGCGCACAGCAGCCCACCACCCUCAACUGGAAGCCCACCACAAGCGGGACAGUCACCCUCAAGCUCCAGAUGGGCACUGAGACCACUCCCAAGUCUGGCGUCGUCCUCGGCUCAAACCUGCCAAACUCGGGCUCUUUCUCGUUCGUGCCCAAGGCCGACAUGACCGAAGGCGGCAUCUACACCAUCCAGAUCCUCGACGACGAGAACCCAGACAACUACAACUUCACGCCUACCUUCACCGUCGACGGCGCCACCGGAAGCCCAACCUCAGGCCCAACCACCACCCGCGCCUCCAUGACCACUUCUGAGGCCACCACCACCGACGACUCGACCUCGUCUUCUUCCCGCUCCACCACCCGCUCAGCUACCACCACCACUGACUCUUCUUCCUCCGAGUCGACCACCAUGACCACCGUCACCAGCUCUUCCAGCUCGUCGACCACUACUGACUCUACCUCUGCUUCCGAGACCGAGUCUUCCACCAGCUCCUCGUCGACCGGCAUGCCAACCGGCGGAGCCCCUGACCCCAACGGCGCAGUCUCCCUUGCUCUGCCAGGUGGUCUCCUCUCCCUCGUCUUCACUCUCAUGGCUCUUCUAUGA